AGAAGCCGAAGAGAAUGAGUAUCAGGAUUAUCACAUGCUCGAACUCGAAAGAUGUAAAGUAGAAGAAUUCAUAUGUAAAGGUGAAAUCUCUUCGUGUAGAUCAUACAAUUAUAAUGAAGAUGUAGCAUAUAGAAGAAAAACAUUGACACAGAAACAAGAAAGUUAACAUGGAGGUUCAAACGUUUGUAUUUUUUGAUUUGGAAACAACCGGGCUGAUUCAAGAGAAUGUCAUGCCAAGAAUUACUGAAAUUGCUCUAGUUGCUGUUUCCAAAGACUCACUAUGUAAUAGUAAUUUUCCACCAAGAGUUUUACAUAAGCUGGUACUUCCAGUUAAUCCACAAAAAGUUAUACCAGUAAAAGUGCAGCACAUAACAAAAUUGUACAAUGAGGAUAUGCAGUUACUAAAGCCUUUCGGACAUGAACUUUAUGAAUUAAUAAUAUCCUUUUUGCAACGUCUUACAUCGCCAAUUUGUUUUGUAGCACAUAAUGGCGACAAAUUUGAUUAUCCAAUAUUCUUAGAGGAACUCAAACGUAUUAAUAAGAGAUUUAGUAACGAAAUCCUCUGUAUUGAUACAUGGAAAAUGUUCAAUGAUUAUUUCUAUAAGAGAAGAAAUGUGGAACCGACAGUAAUUCAAGAUUUGUUGAAUGAUGAGUAUAAUGACUCACUCUCCACAUUGAAUAUGGACGUGGUGAGAGAGGAAGAAUCCAAAAUUAUUGCGACAUCUUCUGCGCAAACUAUGUUUCCGUGUGACGAUAAAUAUACUAAAGUCAUAAAUAAAAAAGUAGAUAAUUAUAACAAUGAUAUUGAAAUCCAAUCAUCGAAGUAUCCUAUACAAAAAGCGAAUGAAAAAACACCAGAGGCUCAAAUGACGAAGCCAAAAAAUAUCUUCAUGCAGCGACCAUUCAAGAAAAACAACUUGAAGAAGAGAUUGAAUUUUAACUGUGAGGAGCCAAUUAACUUAAAACUUCCUACCAUUUAUGAACAUAUGUUCGGUUCACACUUUGAAGAUCAUCAUUCAGCCGAAGCAGAUUGUCUCGCUAUGAUACGCUGCGUUAAUAACAUCGCUGAUUUCUUUCUUGGUUGGUCAAAAAAUCACGCAACUCCAUUGACUUACUGCAAAAAAAUAUAAAAACAAUACAUUAAUUAAUAACAGACAAA